ACGUGGGGACAGGGACAGCCAAUGGGCGGGCCGCGCGAUUUGACGUGAGAAGGCGGAGGAUGCGCAAUAUGGCGGAGGAGUGAGGGAAAGCUGCACAGCGCUGAGGCGAGAGGCGAAAACCUGUUUUUAGUAAUGUGAAGAUGACUCAGGGUAAAAAGAAGAAGAGGGUGAACCGCAGCGUGUUAUUGGCCAAGAAGAUUAUCAUCAAAGAUGGAGGAUCGCCUCAGGGGUUCGGCGCUCCCAGUGUGUAUCACGCCGUCAUCGUAAUAUUCCUUGAGUUUUUUGCCUGGGGUCUGCUGACUGCUCCAACGUUGGUGGUUCUACAUGAGACGUUCCCGAAACACACAUUUCUCAUGAAUGGACUCAUCCAAGGAGUAAAGGGUUUAUUGUCCUUCCUCAGCGCUCCUCUAAUAGGGGCGCUCUCAGAUGUGUGGGGGAGAAAAUCCUUCCUGCUGCUAACCGUGUUCUUCACGUGUGCUCCAAUCCCCCUGAUGAAGAUCAGCCCAUGGUGGUACUUUGCCGUCAUCUCCGUGUCUGGUGUAUUUGCGGUCACGUUCUCUGUUGUGUUUGCGUACGUGGCCGAUAUCACACAAGAGCAUGAGAGGAGCAUGGCAUAUGGCCUGGUUUCUGCCACGUUUGCCGCCAGCCUGGUCACCAGUCCGGCGAUCGGUGCUUACCUCAGCCGCGUGUACGGCGAUUCCCUUGUGGUGCUUCUGGCGACGGCCAUUGCUCUGCUGGAUAUCUGCUUCAUACUGGUGGCCGUCCCGGAGUCUCUCCCAGAGAAGAUGAGGCCAGCGUCUUGGGGAGCCCCGAUAUCGUGGGAACAGGCAGACCCUUUUGCUUCUCUGAAGAAGGUCGGCCAGGACUCCAUUGUGCUGCUUAUCUGUAUCACGGUUUUCCUCUCCUACCUCCCUGAGGCUGGACAGUAUUCCAGCUUCUUUCUGUAUCUCAGACAGGUUAUGGAUUUCUCUCCAGAAAGUGUUGCAGCUUUCAUAGCUGUGUUGGGGAUCCUCUCAAUUAUCGCCCAGACCGUUGUCUUGAGUUUACUGAUGAGGUCAAUUGGAAACAAGAACACUAUUCUGUUGGGCCUGGGCUUCCAGAUAUUGCAACUGGCCUGGUAUGGCUUUGGCUCUGAGCCUUGGAUGAUGUGGGCAGCAGGAGCCGUUGCUGCCAUGUCAAGCAUCACCUUCCCUGCCGUGAGUGCUUUGGUUUCUCGGACGGCAGACGCUGAUCAGCAAGGUGUCGGGCAGGGCAUGAUCACAGGAAUCCGUGGCCUGUGUAAUGGGCUGGGUCCGGCUCUGUAUGGAUUUAUAUUUUAUAUCUUUCACGUGGAACUGAAUGAAAUCCCAAUUACAGAAACAAAGGAGAAGGUGACAGCGCAUUCCCAAGAGAACUCUAUCAUCCCUGGACCUCCUUUCUUGUUCGGAGCCUGCUCUGUGCUGCUGGCUCUCCUUGUAGCUUUGUUUAUUCCAGAACACACCAAUCUGAACGUUCGGAACAGCAACUGGAAAAAGCACGGCACGGGACACAGUCACUCACACAGCCCACCGGCCCCAGGAGAAGGCAAGGAGCCUCUUCUACAGGACACAAAUGUAUGACGGCAUUUGAGAGACUUUCAGAGACCUCUGCUGCUCGUGCCCCAUUCCAUUUACCUGCAGGACCAAUGGCUGCACUUCCAGCAGGCAGGUAACCGUCUUCUAAAUGGCAGGGCAAUCGUCGGCCCCUCUUCAGAGGCAGGACCAGCCCUUACCACCACCAGAGCACUUCUAUAACUGCUGCCUUCUCAACAAGGCUUACACCAUGUUCAACAUGAUUGUUUAAUGCAGUUGCAGUAAGCCUGAAGCUUGUUUAACCAAUUGUGUUCUCAACAACUUUAGUACUCUGUGAGAAGUAUUGCGGGGUGGCUUUGGGUACAAACCAGUUACGCAGGCAAACAAGGCACCCAAGACACGCUCAAAUUCAUUUUUCAUUUUUUACUUUUAACCAAAGCCAAAGUAUUCAUGUUUUAAUUCAGUUUAUCGCUAAUCGCUUAGCCUUUUUUUGCAGCAAUAGGCUUUCUUUUUGUGUUUACAUUAUGCAUAUGUAACUUAUGUUCACCGCUUAAAUGUAUUUAGUAGUCUAAGGAGAAGAUACUGCAGCCGU